UAUAGUGAAGAAGAAAAAAAAAGUAUUAAAAUAGAUUUUUUAAUAAUUUUAUGUGUUGUUGGUAAAAAACAAUAAUUUUAUGUGUGGCUAUGACAAAGUUGUGAUGUAUCAUUUUCAAACACUCUAUUUAUAACAAAUGCAAAAUCAAUGUAUAACUCACACAAACUAUUCACAACACUUAUUGACUCCAUAGCUAGCAUAUGAUGAAUUCAUCACCAUUAAUGUUCACAGUGCGGAGGCGUCCACCAGUGUUGGUGCCACCGGCUGCUUCCACUCCUUCCGAAGUUAAACUACUAUCCGAUAUAGAUGAUCAAGAAGGCCUACGUUUCAAUAUUCCUUUCAUAUAUAUCUAUCGCCAUGAACCAUCAAUAACGGGGAAAGAUCCUGUUAAAGUUCUUAAACAUGCACUCUCACAAACACUUGUUUAUUACUAUCCAUUUGCAGGAAGGAUUAGGGAGGGUGUCGGGCACAAGUUGAUGGUUGAUUGUACCGGUGAAGGUGUCAUGUUUGUUGAAGCUGAAGCCGAUGUAACACUUGAUCAAUUUGGUGACUCUCUGCAACCACCAUUCCCUUGCUUCCAAGAACUUCUACAUGAUGUUGCAGACGCGGAAUUAAUUAUCGACCGUCCCAUUCGACUCAUACAGGUCACACGUCUCAAGUGUGGUGGUUUCAUACUAGUCUUGCAUUUGAACCAUAUAAUGAGCGAUGGAGCUGGCACGAAACAAUUCAUGAAUGCAUGGACGGAAAUGGCUCGAGGAGCACAUCAACCUUCCAUUCAACCUGUGUGGCGUAGAGAGAUCCUAAUGGCAAGAGACCCCCCACACAUUACAUGCAACCAUCGUGAAUACGAACAAAUACUUUCGCCUAUCAAGGAAGAAAAUACUAACACCAUAGUCCAUCAAUCUUUCUUCUUUAGAUCUUCUGAUAUAGCUUCACUUCGUAGCUUGGUUCCACAUCAAUGUACUACGUUUGAUGUUAUCACUGCAUGUUUUUGGUGUUGUCGCACAAAAGCAUUGCAAUUACAACCAUAUGAAGAGGUGCGAAUGAUGUGCAUCGUCAAUGCACGUCCAAGGUUUAGUGAUAAUCGUGCACUUGUCGGGUAUUAUGGUAACUGUUUUGCUUAUCCAGCGGCCAUCACCACUGCAGGGAAGCUUUGUGAAAACGGACUUGGUUAUGCAGUGGAAUUGAUACGAAAAGUAAAAGUUGAAGUUACAGAGGAAUACAUGCAAUCUGUGGCAGAUCUUAUGGUUACUAAGGAACGAUGUUUAUUUACAACUGUAGGAUCUUGUGUUAUUUCUGAUUUGACUCGUGCAAAGUUCAGAGAAGUCGACUUUGGAUGGGGUGAGGCAGUGUAUGGCGGAGUUGCAAAAGGCGGGGCUGGCCCUUUUCCUGGUGCAACAUAUAUUGUCCCACAUAUGAAUGUAAAUGGAGAAGAAGGUUUGAUAUUACCAAUUUGUUUGUCCUCUGAAGAUAUGAAGAGGUUUGCUAAAGAGUUAGAUGAGAUGCUUGGUAGAUGAGAAGCUUGAUAAACAAGGUUAUAACAAGCGGCAAAACACACAAACCAACAUUCAUUUGAUUUAAAUGAACCACCAAGUGAAAAUAAUGUACUAUCACAAGAAGAGAUGAAUGAAAAUGCCAACACUGAGAUAUUGUAAAUUAUUGCAUGGAUCGGAGUUUGAACCCUGAUACUUCUACAUUUAUUCACAUAAAA